AUGAAGAACUACAGUGAAUCUAUUCAGAAGACCCAGUCUGAGCCAGAGACUGAACAAACUGAGCGGCCAUGGCAUCGAAGAUUCUCUAUUGAAGAGGGUGGCAUUGAACGGGUCACCGAUGAAGAGCGGUUGCAGAAUACAACCAAGUUUUGGAAUGCUGCUACUUUCUGGUUGAGUGCCAACAUGGCUGUGGCUACCCUCAACAUCGGCUCCCUGGGGGGCUCACUAGGCCUCUCCUUCUGGGACUGCUUCAUUGUCAUCCUGGUAGUUAAUAUAAUAAGUGAUCUGCUCCCAGCAUGGACAGCAGUGUUUGGAUUAACGGGUUUGCGCAUGACAACUUUCUCGCGGUACUCAUUCGGCUACUGGGGCAACAUGCUCGUUGUCAUCUUCUCAAUGAUCGCAACAACAGGCUGGAACGCGAUCAACUCCAUAUCCGGAGCCACCGUUCUAAACGCUCUUUCUGACGGCCAGUUUCCCACAUGGGCUGGUGUGAUUGUCAUAUGUGUAUCGGUGUGGGUGAUGUGUAUCCUGGGCAUUACCUGGAUCCAUAAACUAGAUACUUUUAUCUGGAUCCCCCCUCUGAUUGUGUGGUGUGUGGCAGCAGGCACAGGUGCGUCUCACUUCACAGGAGAUGAUCAUGCCGGUCUGAAAGGAUCUGAUAAAGCUGCUGCUAUACUGACCUAUGGAGCUUCGAUUUUCUCUUUCUCUGUUUCCUGGGUAAACUGCGCAGCAGAUUACAAUGUGCGCAUGCCUAAAGGAACUCCGCAAUGGCAUAUCUUCAGUGCUACUUACAUUGGCAUUUUCGUUCCUACCGUGCUUGUCCAGACCCUUGGAGCUGCACUAUAUACAGGAACUGUGACUGAUGCAGCAUGGAAGGAUGCUUACACUGAUUCUUCAAUUGGGGGUCUUCUCAAGAUGUCAUUGGCACCUGCUGGGGGGUUCGGCAAGUUCUUGAUGGUUCUAGCAGCGUUGAGCUCUAUCCCCAACAAUAUCCCGAACAACUACUCUUUCGCCCUCCAUGCACAGAAUAUGGGGCCAUGGGCUAUACGUAUUCCCCGUGUGGUUCUAGUCACUUCUGGAUCCAUUGCAGCGGUGAUAAUAGGCUGCUGUGCAGCUAGAUAUUUCUCUGAUACUUUGCAAACAUUACUUAGUGUCAUCGGAUAUUGGACUGUGAUCCAUAUUACACUGGUUAUGGAAGAGCAUUUCAUUUUCCGAAGAGGAUGGAAGGGAUAUGACCUUGAUGCCUGGAACAGCCUCGCUGGUCUGCCGUUUGGAUGGGCAGCUAUAGGAGCAUUUGCCUUUGGUUUCCUAGGUGCGGCACUUGGUAUGAAGGUGGCAUGGUAUUCAGGUCCUAGUGCAUCUUUGAUUGGUAGCAAAGGUGCAAAUAUUGGACAUGAACUGACAUUUGCUUUUUCAGGAGUCGCCUUUCCACUGUUUCGGUGGAUCGAGAAGCGAUAUGGAGGUCGGUGA